UCAUCCCUAAAAUGUACAACGCAGUGAAGGAAAAUGUACUACAAACCUUGUCAUCAGCAACACAGGUAAUUGUGAUAAGAUAUUUUAUUUUGUCAUCAACGACACGGGUAAUUAUGAAAAAAAAAAUUCAUUUUUGAGAUAAAGUAACACUUAAGAAAAAGAAAAUACAUAGUCACUAUACACACAUUUUAAUUAACACUUUACGACAGUGUAUGUUUAAUGUUUAUAUUGUUUACCGAGUUCAUAAUUACAAAAAUAUAUUCUGAAUUAAUUAAGGUGGCAAUCACUAGUGAUGGAUGGACCUCGAGGUCAACCGAGUCAUAUGUCACUGUCACGGCAACCUUUGUUGAUGCAAAUUGGGAGAUGCAGAAUUAUGUUCUUCAAACCAGGCCCAUGCCAGAAAGUCAUACAGCUGAAAAUGUGGCAUCUGUCAUCAGGGAGGCCUGUAAAGAAUGGAAACUUCCAAGUCCUCUUGGUCCUCCGCCACUGGUGACAAUGCAGCAAAUAUGUUAAAAGCAGGGCAGAUAAUUGGGUGCAUUCACAUAGGAUGUUUAGCUCACACUCUGAAUUUAGCAGCACAACGUUCCCUGAAAGUGAAAACUGUCUCUAAUCUGUUGGCCCGUAUCAGAACCAUUGUUGCAUUUUUUCAUCGCAGCACUGUGGCAGCAUCAGUUUUAAAAGCCAAGGCAGAACUGUUGGCUAUCCCAAACCACAAACUCAAAAUUGAUGUGUGUACCAGAUGGAAUUCUACCUUUGAUAUGAUUGAGAGAUUUCUAGAAAUGCAGGCUGCUGUCAUAGCUUCACUUAGAUGCAAGGAAUUAUCACAUAUUAAGAACAAGGAUAUAAGCAACCUAAGUGAUGAGAGUGUCUCUCUGGCAGAAAACAUUGCAGCUUGUUUGAAACCCUUAAAGGACAUGACCACUAUGCUCUGCACUGAAUCCACUCCAACUCUUUCUGUGAUUAUGCCACUUCAUCGACAGCUCAUCACCAACAUUCUAGUCGCAAAAGAGGAUGAUUCCCACACAGUUGUGGAGAUGAAGAAGCUUAUGAAAAAUGAUUUGGAAUCAAGGUAUGCAGACAAGAAAGACUUUCUCAACAUGGUGUCAGCCAUUGAUCCUCGUUUUAAAUCUUUACCAUAUCUCACUGAUGAAGAAAAGACAGAUGUGUUUGACCAUGUCACGCAGGAAGUAGUACGUCUAGCAGGAGCCAAAUUGAAACCAUUUGUUGUGAAAACAGAAAAAGAAGAUGAAAGCACAUCUACGAUUGUUCAGCCUAACUUGCCCUUAUUGCCUGCGCUUCCUGGUGAUUCAGAAAUUCAGAUUAAAAAUGAAACAGUUGUUGAAACCAGCAGCAAGACAGGAACAUUUGCAGAUUCCUCCUGUGUCUUGCAUGACAUUUUGGGUGAUGUAUUUGUUACUUUAGUAGAGCCACCAAAAUCAUCCCUUGAGUUAGUACAGAUGGAAGUCAUCAAUUAUAAGAGUGAGCCAUCAAUUCCACUAAAGGCCAAUCCUUUAAACUGGUGGCGUGACCACAAGACCAAAUAUCCACAGCUGUGUGAUCUAGCUAAAUCUUUCCUCUGUAUCCCAGCCACAAGUGUGCCUUCAGAGAGGGUGUUCUCAACUGCAGGAGACAUUAUAACUGCACAACGGGCUAACCUUAAAGGAAAGCAUGUGGACACUCUGAUCUUCUUGAAAAAAAAUAUGAUAUAAGAUCAUAUAGAUUUAAAACAGUUCAAUUAAUCCAUCCAUUUACCAAUGUUCAUUGUUUAUUAUAGUUUGUUACUUUUGCGGUUUUUUUUAUAUUCUUUUGUUUAUAAUAGUCAUUCCUGUUGAUUCUAGUCAUGAUACAGAGACACUGCUGUAUACUAAGUAUAUACUAUAUACUUACUUUUAUGUUGUUACUGGUUUCAAAAUAAAAUUUGACAAUAUAUUUCUCU